AUGGAAUACCCAGACGAGGUCGAUGACCUUGUCCAACUCAGACUGGAUCAAUUCGUCGGCCAAUCUCAAGACAUGUUUACGCGCGUAUCGGACGAUCUUCGGUCGGAGAUCGAUUUCAUUCGUUUCGUAUUAGCAGGUAGGAUCGGGCCAGAGGCAGACGAGGAAGUCGACCGGUGCCGCAUCAGCCUGAAUGCCCAGCAAGGCGUUGCCCCUCUUCCUCCCCGACCUGAGACCACCAUUACCCGUGACAUUGACUCUGUCAUUGGAGUAUCACGUUCGUUGCCUUAUACAACGGCAUUGUCGGUCUGGCCCGUCCCUCCUUUUAAGGAGACGUUGACUAGGGACAACCAUCUCAAGAGUCGCGCAUACGACGCUGAGGGUGCCGAGAUCCAGGUCCCCAUGCACAAAAUUCCGAACGUCCCUUUGGGGAAAGUGGAACAGCGGCACGUCGUCAGGAUUUUUUUCCCCAGAUUAUACACCGCAGCGUCCGAAGACCCAUCUUGGGUCGGAUUGUCUCAAGAGAACUUAGCCCUCAUAUACGACCACACCGUCGACGUCGCUUGGCGCGUUUUGGAGCGGGUUGCUGACGUUCGAGUUCCGCUCCACAUGACCUUGAACUGGCUGCCUACUAUCCCAGAGGACCUCGUCCAGCUCUCCAUCAUUGCAAUUGACAGCAGACUAUGCUGGUAUCUCGUACACUAUGGUCUCGCUGCCAUUCGUUUGGUGCUUGUGACUUAUUUCAUAUAUUGUCGUCUCGUGCUCGUGAAUCUGUCCAGACCGGAUGUCAGGACACGUUAUCUGGACGCUACAUUGGCACUCAGUGCUGUAUGCGUUUACAUUCUCGACGCUCGCUUCACCCGUCCUGAAGUGCUCAGAAUCGAAGAUCCCGACCACGCGCAUGCAGACGCCUCACUAUGCCCGCUCUAUAUGACAGUGGUGCGCACAUGUCUUCAGCCUGACGAGAGCGACGAGCACGAAGUAUCCUUCAAGUGGAAUGAUUGA